AUGAGCGGCCCUGAGCCAUCCACUGAGACCCCUGGGCCUGACGCCCCAACCUGGCCGACUCUGCCCACCUACAGCAACCUUGGCGAGGUCCGCGCCCAGAUGCUGCCCUCCAAGGCCUGCCACCCUCGGACAUCCAGGCCCCCCUUGACUGACCCGCAGCCCCUGCCCCCACCUCUGCCCAAGAAGACCCUGGCCAGGACCCGGUCCCUGCCCACCCACAGGGCCCCCAGCUCCAGCCCCACUCCUGCAGGGCAGCCUCGGAGGCCCUUUCUGGGGUCCCACAGUGUGGACGAGAGCCAGGCCGGCAACGACCAAGCGUGGGCCUCUGGUCCCCCUGUGGAGCCACAUAAUCGCUCGCUCAACAGCCCGCUGGGCCUCGGCUGGCCCAACCUGCAUCGCCCCGAGGCUGUGCGCGCCUUCCUGGAGGCCCGGCAGCUGGAAGGCGUCCGUACCGUGCACGCCCAGCUCCGGGCCCGGCUGCUGGGGGGCCGCCCGGGCCCCUGUCACCCCGGCCACGGCUUCCGCCUCCUGGACAGCUCGCCAUGUGUGGACAGCGGGGAUGCCCUCUACUACCGCCUGGUGCGGGUGGGCGACGAGGCGUGGCACAUGCUGGCUGCCAAGGUGCCCAAGCCGGGAGCCGAGGAGCCCCACCCGUGGGGCCUGGAGCUGCAGGCCUCGCUGGGCCCACACUUCAACCUGCAGGGGCUGUGCGGCCUGGUGCCCGAGGGCGCACUGCCUGGAGCGCCCUGGAGCGGCCCCGUGGCGCUGGCGGCCGAGGUGCCGGAGCGCACGCUGACCCAAUGGCUGUCUGAGGUGGGCAGGGGGCUGCAGCCGGCGGAGUUCCCCUGGGUCGCGGCCCUGCUGCUGCUGCAGCUCACGUCCGCACUGGAGCACCUGGAGGCUCGGGGCGCGGCCUUGGCAGAGCUGCGGCCCGAGAACCUGCUGCUGGUGGCGCCCCGGGGCUGUGCCACGGCCGGGCCCCCUCGCCUGCUGCUGGCCGACUUUGGCCGCGUCCGCCCCCAGCCCCCGGGACACCGGGGCGCCCACGCGCAGCAGCUAAGCCACCUGCUCAGUGCCCUCCUGGGCCCCGUGGCGCCCUCAGCCACGCCCUUGGCAUCCGGCCUGGAGACUCUGGCGGCCCGGCUGGCCCACUUGCAGCCCUCAGCGGCCCAGGCGCGGGCUGCGCUGCAGGUGCUGCUCUGGGGCCCCGGGCCUGAGCUGCGCGGCCGAGGAGCCCCGCUCGUGCCCUGGCUGCGGGUGCGCCGUGCACUGCUGGUCCUGCACCUGGCCGAGCGGGCGGCGGCGGGGGAGGCGCCCGGCCUGGAGGACUGGCUGUGCUGCACAUACCUGGCGGAGGCCACGGAGGCCUCCCUGGGCCACGCCCUGGCGCUGCUGUGGGACUGACGCCUCCCAAGGGCCUCCCCGAGAGGUAGGCACCCUUCCCAGGCCUGGCGCCAGAAGGCCAGUGGGGACUGCCUCCAUGAUAGAAGGGACGCCCUCUUCCAGAAACAGCCAGAAGGGUGCAGGACCGUGGACACACAGCCCCCUUUCUAUGCUGGGGACUUGGGCCCAAGUCCUCCCCUGGAAGCCUGGGGGCUGGGGCUAAUGACCAGUGCCUCCAAAGGCUUUCUGACGCCAGGACGACCCCCACCUCUACCAGGUGUGGCCACUCCCUGUCCACCAAGGUCUGUGUGAGUAUGGGACCCCUCUCCCCAGCUUCCAGCAGAGGCGAGGCUGUCCCUCUAGUGGAGUCUGAGGGUCACCGUCUCGGUUGAGGAGGUGGACGCUGUCCUCCAUCUCCCGUCCCGGAGCACCCCUUGUGCCGAGGACGGCCAGUGACUGUGAGUCUAGACCUGGUUGGCGUCUCCAGGGGGAGGGGAAGCUCCUAGAACCUGAGACGCCCAGUCCCCCAGCACAGCCCGCCUCAGAGGAGUCUGAACUCACCUGCCCAAGCGUCCCCACAGGGUCCCAUGCCUUCUGCCUCCCCUACUCUCUCCACCCACUGUGGCCUCC